UGCCCGUGUUGGAGGGAAAAAAGGCCGUAUCAGACGCUCAAAAGUUAAAGCCCGUGUCUACUAAACCCAAGGGCCGCCACUAGGGCGGCUCACGGUGGCCCAGACUGCGGCGCCUCACCAACCAACAAGGCAACAAAUCACCACGCCGCCCGGCCAUGUCGUCCUUCUCCUACGGCCCCACCGCCGCGGCGGCGGACGCGUUGGAGGUUGCCGGCGGCGGCAGCUACCGGAUGUGCGACACGGUGGUUCUCGUCUGCCUCGCCUGCGCCUCCAGCCUCAUCAUCCUCACGGUGGCCGUCUGCUUCCGGCGCGCCAUCGCCAACGGGUACGCGGCCGCCGCCGUGGGCGCGAACGGCGGCGCCGGGGCCGCUGCCGCCAACGGCAGGGACCGAUGCGGGCUGGCGCCGUCCGCUCUCUCGGCGAUCCCCAUGCUCGCGUACCGGAGGGGCGCCGCCGCCGCCGCCGGGUGGGCGCAGUGCGCGAUCUGCCUCGCCGUGUUUCGGGACGGGGAGACGGUGCGGCUGCUGCCGGCGUGCGGGCACCUGUUCCACGUUGAGUGCAUCGACCUGUGGCUGCGCUCCCACGCCACUUGCCCGCUCUGCCGGCGCGACGUCGGCGAGGCCGCCGCCGCCGCGGAGAAAGUCUGAGCUCGCCGCCGGCCGAACCAGGAUCAGACGCCGGCUUCUAGCUCAACUUGUUUCCCUCCAUGACAUCGACGUCUCAGAAAUUGUACAUGCUAGCUAGGGAGCUAGACAGACAUAGUUCCAUUUUGAUGCUAGAAUUUAAGAUUUUUUUAGCCAUCUGAUUGGGUUUUUUUUAAUGCGCUUGGUUUUGCGAUUUUUAUAAUCUGCAAUCAUGGAUGCAAGAUGCAUAUCGAAAUAUAAUUAUAUAAAAGGUGUGUCUAGAUCAGGAGACGAAGGAACUCGAUCAGAUAAGGAUUUGGAUUAGAUUGGAGUGUAAAAAAUACAGGAUGGUGAUGAAAUGGUGGCAACGUUGGUCAGCUGUGGGAGGAUAUUGUAAGGAUCUAUAUCUAUCGUAAAGGAUAAUACAAGAACAAUAAUUUUAGUUUGUCAUUUA